CUUUUCGGCCCUCUUCCCAAGGAAAAUCAACAGGAAAAAGCGCUCAGCUUAUCUGCCACUAGUGCAUUCACCCCUUAAAAAAGCAACGAAAUAAAUUUACCUCACUUUUGGAAACAACUAAACUUUUCACUUUCCGCCGAAUCGCUUAAGUAGAUCUGCCCAACAUGGUGUUUUCGCUCUUUUCUGAGAAAAAGUCAGAAUGGUCCCCACCCACAUGGGACUUGCACUCCUGGUUUCAGCCGGAUGCUCAUGGUGCGGGGCGGAAAAACAACUACUUCGACUUUUCUGCAUGCUUGGACUGCUUUUUUCGCGACAAAACCGUGGUGCCGGAGGACGGAAUGCCAUACGAAAUCACGAAGUUGAAGAAGAAGAAGCAGGUCCAUCAACCGUCGGCCACGAAUCCUCCAAACACGAAAAUCACCUUUGUUAGCGAGGUGGUUGAUGUGGAACCAUCUGCGGUACUGGAAUCCGGGACUUGUUUUUUCGAAGGAGAGGAGGAAGUCUAUGCCGAGGAGCGUGCCGCCGGAGAUUUCCAGUAUGACUCGGAAGAUGAAUCCGCUACAGUGAUUGCCCGACCGGCGUUGGAAAUUCGGAACUAUUUCCACGAAUACGAAGCAGAUGAUUGUUGUGCGGAGGUUGGAGACGAGGAUGAUGGACGCGGCGUGCUACUGACAUUGCUGAACAAAGAGGAAGGUAUUGACAAUCUGCUGCUACUUCCACUAGGGGCUAGAGUCAUUUUUUCUUCAUGGAUGUAGAAAGUGAUUCCUUUGCGAGCACUUGCAAAUGAAAUCCGAAAAUGAAACCAUCAAUAAAUCAGGGCAUGAGGAAGGCGACCGCAUGUCAGCUGCGACCACCACGGCCUCGGAGGAGGAACCGGAGGAUUCGCAGGAGCCGCUUGUUUCUUCUGCCUCGCCAUUGACCCCCGAUUGUUCGUAUGCACCGCAAGAGGAGGAGCAAGACCUUGUACUUGUUGCUACAGCUGAUAUGAAGCGAGACGGCGAAGAACUGGUACUUAUUAUUGUUACGUUUAGAAAUCUACUGUUUGUCCAGCGUGUUGUGCGAAUAGCAGAAGCCACAGUCGUGAACGAUUUGAUAGAACCAGAAAGCGGGAAGUGAAAUUGAAUUUGAAAUUCUUGCCCAAAAAUACCUCAGGUCUCUCCUGUCAUGGCUGUGUUGGAAACGAGCGCUCGUCGUGGUGACCAAGACCAACAAACUUUCUUGGAAUUUUCCUUCGCUUUCCUGUUUGUGGGCCAAUCUAGUUCGAAGACCGCGGAGAUUUUUCUCUUCCAGCACUCCAGCUUGAAGUUCGACUACACGCAAUGGCUUGACAACAACAUGUCCUCGCAUUGCUUUGUCGCUCUGGGGGAUGAGGGAAAGCUGGAACUCGUGCAUCGCGUUUGCGUUGUCGAGUCUGCUCUACGCCUCUACUCUGCAGUACCCAUUUUACCGUACGACACAACGCUGCCAGGAACCAACUCAAAAUUGCGGUCUCUGGCGAAUCCGGCAGAUGAAACCAGCACUGAAAAACUUUUUUGGUGGACCUGCCUGUGCUUGAAGUUUCUCCUUGACCUACCAUUUGUUGUUUCACACAACAGUUAUUCCAUUUCAGAAAUUACCAUGCAGCUAUCCAGUUUCGAGCAUUUUGCACAUGUCGUUCAGUUUGUUUUCAUGUUUCUCGUACGAGCGGUCGGUGUUUUCAUUCUUAUUCACGAGUAUUCAAAGUAAGUACCAAUUUCCCAAGCAUGCACAGUACUGCUCUUUUUCGAAUUUUUUUAAGUUACCCAAGUUACCAAGUAAAUCAAUAUAGCGCAGCACGGCCCAGCCCCAGCGCAAGUACAUUAGAGCUUGACGCUCCUCCCCC